AUGUCUCAUCACCUAGUUACAGUGUGCAUGUUCUGUCUGCUCUGCGCCGCGCACACAUGUGGAUCACACAUAGACAGAAACAAUGGAAUCCACUCAUACGAACCGAAGUUACUUAUACAACAAGAAAACUUCAAUAUAGAGAGAAGGAAAUUAGAUUCCAAAGCGCGAUACCAGAUGAAAUUACAGAAGAUAAGGCAGAAACGUGAUGUUAGGAGCGUCAAUCCUGAUGCGUAUGUGGAACAGCUGUUCAGAUUGUAUGGAGAUGCUGGAUCUAUGACCAUGAAUCUGACGGGCUUCAAUGAAAUGAUUAGGGGCUUGGAACUGCAUAAACUGGUGGAGGGAGGAGCUCAAAGGACGGAAACCAAGGAAUAUAUAUACGGACAGACGGACAAGGAAGAUGUAGUCAAUUGCGUGAGCAGCGGAGAAUUGAUCACAACAGUUAACACCAGGUUAAAACACGAAGAACAUGAUCACACAGCUGGUGCCCACGAUACAGAGAACUUUAUUAACGAGGGCACGUUAAAAGCGAUAUGUCCUAUACUAUUAUACCAAAAACUAGCCAACACCUCCAUAGAGAGGUACGGCUGUGUCAAAGAAUCAUAUCUAUCAAGAACGGAAAGCAGAGAUGUCGCCCAAAAAGAGAAUGCCUACACCAAGAAUAUGUACGCCGUUUGGUUGUAUUCUUCUCUGAGUAUAACAGCUAUCAGCGCGUGUGGGUUAUUAGGAGUGGCUGUCAUACCUAUCAUGCAUAAAACAUACUAUAAUCAUUUGCUGCAGUUUCUUGUGGCAUUGGCCGUAGGGACACUUUGUGGCGAUGCCCUAUUACAUUUAAUGCCACACGCCAUGAGUCCUUUGGAUCAUGACCAUGGACAUGCAACCGUUUCUCAUGAUGACGGGAUGUGGAAAGGAUUAGCAGCCAUGUUAGGAGUUGUAUUCUUCUAUUUCACUGAGAAAGGUCUAACUGUAGUGGUCGAAUGGAGGAAAAGGCGUCAAAAGUUAGAAGAAGAUAAACUACCUUCCCGCGUGAGAGUGCUAAAAGACGAGACAGUCGGUGGAUGUUCCGGUGGCUCAAAAGCGCCAAUCACUAACACAACCUCGAAUUCUCUCAUGAAGAUUUUCAAGAGAGACGAAAAAGGAGAUCCCACAACCAAAACCUGCAAACAUAAAUACUCCGAAUAUCCGUACUGUUACGACGAAAUAGACACAGAUACACACGACGAUCAUCACUUAAGAGAUGGAAUUCCACCCAGCCCUAAAGGAAAUCAUAAUAACUCAGUGAGCGUUGUAUCCUCUAACGCGUUAAACCAAGAGGGAAAAGAAAACGAACCGACAGCCAAGGACUGGCUGCUGAAGACAGAAACACAAGCUGUGGUCGAAAUGAAUAAUAUAAAACAUAAAGAAGACGGCGUUAAAGACUUGAAGGAUGGGGACAGUUAUACUGUUAUACUGAGGGAACAUUCCCGCGCCCAUCAUGGACACUCUCACGCCCACGGCCACGUCCACGCGCCGCCCUCCUCCAUGUCCUCAGUAGCCUGGAUGGUGAUCAUGGGAGAUGGAUUACACAACUUCACCGACGGAAUGGCCAUUGGUGCGGCCUUCGCGUCAAACAUCGCCGGUGGGUUUUCAACAGCCAUCGCCGUUCUGUGUCACGAGCUACCACACGAACUGGGUGAUUUCGCUGUCCUUCUAAAGGCGGGCAUGUCAGUGAAGCGCGCGGUGUGUUACAACGUGUUGUCGUCCGCCCUGUGCUUGGCGGGCAUGGUGGCUGGUGUCCUGGCGGGUCACGCUCCAAGCGCCACCAGGUGGCUGUUCGCGGCCGCCGCGGGAAUGUUCCUGUACAUCGCGCUAGUAGAUAUGAUGCCCGAACUAAGUACAUCACACAGUAAGGAAGGCACCCUCUGUCAGUGUGUGUUACAACUGAUGGGUCUGGCUACGGGCAUCGGGAUAAUGUUGGUCAUAGCAUUGUAUGAAGAAGACUUGAAGACAUUGUUCGGUUAA